AUGCCGUCCACACUCUCCCUCGCAGCUCUGCUGUCGAGCUUAGCCAUCUCCACGAGUCACGCUCAGCUAUGGAACAAGACCAUCCAAACCACGAAUGGCCCGGUACGGGGCUUCCAGUACUUCUCGAAAAACACCCUACAGACCUACUGCGGCAGAUCAAGCCCCAACGUCACAGCCUUCUUGGGUAUUCCGUACGGCGCAGACACGGGCUACGAUGACAGAUGGAAGCCCGCCCAGCCUCCUACCAAAUGGGACACUACUUUCGUGGCAACUGAGUUCGGGUCCGCAUGUCCUACUGGACCUAGUGAUGACGAUAGCGUCAGCGAAGACUGCUUGAGCCUGAACAUCUGGACUAAUGCCGCUUCUGCUGACGCGAAACUCCCGGUCAUGCUCUGGAACCAGGGCUCUGGUGAAACGAGCAACAACACGUGGUGGUAUGGCGGAGGUAUGGCAUUGAAAGAUGUGAUCCUGGUGUCUUUCAACCGUCGUGAUAGUGCUCUCGGAUAUCUUGCGCACCCUGAUCUCAACGAAGAAGGCUUUCAGCAAACGGGUCACUAUACAAGUGGUAACUAUGGUGUUCUGCAUCAACUUUCUGUGUUGCAGUGGAUUCAAGACAACAUUGCCAACUUUGGCGGCGACCCUGGUCGCGUCACUAUUGCUGGGCAGUCCUUUGGCUCUUCGCAGGUCUACCAUGCCGUCAACAGCGAGCUGUUCUCCAGGUACUUUCAUGGAGGUAUCUCAGAGUCUGGAAUCCGCUACCCAAAGGACACACUCCUGGCUGGUCUUGCCACUUCGUAUGUCACAAUGGAAGAAGCCCUUCUGUUCGGACAGAACUACACAUACAACCACAAUGUUACAUCCAUCGACGAGCUCCGCAAGCUUCCUCUCAGCAGUCUGCUUGACGGCUCCGAUGACCGCGUCAGCAACGAUACCAUCUGGUGGGUUACAGCUGUGUCGGCAGGUUAUCCUCUCGUCUUCAAGCCAGUGCUUGAUGGCUACGUCUUACCAAAGAAGUACACCGAGACACUCGCCGACGGCCCAGCGAACGACAUCCCAGUCAUCACUGGCAAUACUCUUGACGAGUCUGGUGCCUCCUCCAUCACCACCUACACCCUUGGCGAGUUCAACUACUAUAACGGACUGAAGUACGGCAGCCUCUACGAGAGCUUCACCCGACUCUAA